AUGUCGUCCGACGAAAACUCCUCCAAGCGAACCCGUGCCUCUGGUGAGGUGCUCGACUUCCUUCUCCAGGAGUUCGACCGCAACCACAACCCCACGCCAGACCAGCGCAAGGAGAUCUCUGAACGUACAGGCAUGGCCGAAAAGGCGGUACGGAUCUGGUUCCAGAACCGCCGUGCCAAGCUCCGCAAGGUGGAGCGAAUGAGCUCGUCGUCGUCGAUUCCCGUCAAGAAGGCAGGCAGCCACCACUCGUCGCGAUCCAACAGCUUUGGCCACGACGAGAGGCCAUUUACAAGCGCUGCAAAUGGCGCCCAUAGCGGAAAUACCGGGAAUGGCGGUAAUAACGGAACCAUCCCCAUCGAGGUCAACGAUACCUACUGCUUCAUCGACUGCUCGUCGUUGCUGGUGGGCUCGUGGCAGCGCAUCAAGUCGGGGGUCCACGACGAGCAGGCGCUCCGCACAAAGUUCGUCAACCUCUCUCCAUUCACCCUCAACACGGUGAUGAACAGCGUGGACCUCCUAGUAAUCUUGUCCAAGAAGAACUUGGAGAUCAACUACUUCUUCCUGGCGGUGUUGAACCACUCCAAGAUCUUGUUCCGCAUCUUCUACCCCAUCUCCAGUAUCGUGUCCACGUCGUUGCUCGACAAUAACAUCCACAAGGAGAGCAACGAGCUCCGUCUCAGCUUUGCACACCAGCCCAAGUUUUCUGUCUACUUCUUCAACGGCGUCAAUGCCAACGCCAACCAGUGGAGCAUCUGCGACGACUUCAGCGAGGGCCACCAGGUCAGCCUGGCCCACAUGAACGAGGGGGGUACGCUGACGCCCCAUGUUCUAGUCGGGGUCAAGACCUCGUUGCAGUACUUGAAUGCCCACUUUGCAGGUUCAACCACUGCACUGGUGACAGCACAUCCGCCAGUGAAGCAUGCGUCGUCCGGCUUGAGCGGGUUUUCGCCGUUGGCCAACUUCGAUGCAGCUGCGUCGCCCAAUUCCCUGGCCAGCGCAGGCAGCCACUUCCAAAAGGACAUCUAUAUGCACAUGUCCCACCAUUCUGCCCACAAGGACUACGAAGAGAUGUUCAACUCCGCCAAUACCCCCGACUUUCUUGCCAAUCUAGACGGCGACCACGACCCAGCCAAGCCCAAGAGCUCCGACAGCACCUCCAACAGCCCCUCCCUCAACAGCAUUGCCAACACUAACCCCGUCCACGCAUACACCCACCAGCAUCAGAACGGCCAUAACCCGGCGUAUGAGCUCUUGGGUGGACCCGAGUUCCACCACCACUCCGAUUUUGACUACAACGGAGCCACGGACUACGGUGCAUUGAACGAAGACUCGUCGCUCAACCCGUUGGACAACGGUGAAAACGCUAGCGAACGAGGAAAUAACGGAGGCAGCGGUGGCAGUGGCACAGGCACUGGGGGAAACGUCGACAGCUUCAUUGACUUCGGC